CUGGAGUGAAUUCAAACAUACCAUUCUUAUCAAGAUAAUUGUAGGCAAAACAACUUUGAAUGGUGGUGUCUGUGAUUUUGUAUUGCAUAAGCACCAUGUGACCCAACAGAUCUCUUUAUAAGACAGUCGAGUUAACAGAAGGAGACAAGGGAGUCUCCAGGACAGCUCUUGAAACAUCUUCAACUCAGCAAGCCAUCACAAGACCAGCAUGUCCUCUAUAAAGCGUCUCAACACUUCUGACUCACAGAAUAAACACCAACACUUCACUGAUGUUCAUGGUCUGCCGUGCAUUGAGAAUCUGGUGUGCUCUGCAGAUGAAACCCCAGAGCCCAUCACAACUACAAUUACAGGUAACAUCCCCUUCUGGAUCAAAGGCAAUUUCCUCAGAAAUGGACCUGGAAAGUUUGAGAUCGGAAGAAGUAGUUUCAACCACUGGUUUGAUGGCAUGGCGCUUAUGCACCAGUUCCACAUUGAGGAUGGAAAGGUGACAUACAUGAGCCGCUUCCUCAACAGUGAUUGCUACAAGGAAAACCUUGAGCAUAACCGCAUUAUGGUGUCUGAAUUUGGCACGAUUGCCAUGCCAGACCCAUGCAAGAACUUCUUCCAGCGCUUCCUCUCUCGCUUUGAGCUGCCGAAGCCAAGUGACAAUGCGAAUGUGAGCUUUGUGCAAUAUAAAGGAGACUACUAUGUCAGCACAGAGACCAACUUUAUGCACAAAAUAGACCCACAGACGCUGGAAACAAAAGAAAAGGUGGACUGGAGUAAAUUUGUUGCAGUUAAUGGAGCCACAGCUCAUCCCCAUGUGGAUCCUGAUGGAAGUACAUACAACAUGGGCAACUCUUACACUCGAAAAGGUGCUUUCUACAAUAUAAUAAUGGUGCCGUCAAAGAAGGCAAAUCCAAAUGAUACCUUGGAAGGAGCCUCAGUUGUGUGUUCAAUCCCCUCAGAGGACAAGUCCAAACCAUCCUACUAUCACAGCUUUG